AUGGCACAACCCGCCUGGUCGCUCCCGUCAGGCUCGACGCACCAGCCUCAAUUGAAAGUCUACAACUCCCUGACUCGUUCGAAGGUCCCCUUCGUGCCUGUCCAACAAGGGAAGAUCACCUGGUAUGCUUGCGGUCCCACGGUGUACGACGACGCUCAUUUGGGCCAUGCCCGCAACUACGUGACCACCGACAUCAUUCGGCGCAUCCUGCGGGAUUACUUUGGCUUCUCGAUCCGCUUUGUGAUGAACACGACAGAUAUUGAUGACAAGAUCAUCUUAAGAGCGAGGCAGAGGCAUCUGUACGAAGAGUACAAGAACAAACAUCGAUACAUUGAUGACCAGGUCCGUCAAGACGCUCGGCAUGCCUGGCACUACUACAUACACAGAAACCUGAAACGAAUAAAUCCCAAGACCCUCGUCACCCCUGAAACUUUCGACAGCCUGAUCGAACCCAUUUACGGGGACAUAUUGGCGGGAGGAAGCCUCGAACCGGGCACCAAGCCAGGUGAUAGGGAAGCAAAGAUCAAGAUGCACAUCAAUACUGCUAGAGGCACCGCGAGGGCAUUAAUGCAAGAUCCAAAGCUCCUGACGCCGCACGAAUUCUACAACCGAGUGAGCGAUGUCAUGUGCCUGGUCUUGGACGAGCAGCUGGGCAAGACGAUCCGCGGAGACGACUAUGCUGUAUUCACAAAACUCACCAAGGAGUACGAGCAACGCUUUUUCCAAGAUAUGCAUGACUUGAAUGUGAUGGAUCCGGAUGACCUGGUGCGUGUGACCGAGCAUGGCAACGAGAUUGCAGAGUUUGUCAAGAAAAUCGUCGACAACAAGAUGGGCUAUAGGACAGCGGACGGCUCAGUGUACUUCGACAUCAAGGCUUUUGAGGCUGCCGGCUACCCGUAUGCCAGGUUGGAGCCAUGGAAUAGGAAUGACAAAGAGCUUGUAGCGGACGGUGAGGGCGCCUUAUCACAGACUGAAGCCGCCGCUAAGAGGUCGGACGCCGACUUCGCUCUGUGGAAGGCAUCCAAGCCGGGUGAACCCAGCUGGCCAAGUGAAUGGGGCCCUGGUCGGCCCGGUUGGCAUAUUGAGUGCUCGGCCAUGGCGUCUGGAAAACUAGGCUCGCAAAUGGACAUUCAUUCUGGAGGCAUCGACCUUGCAUUUCCUCACCACGACAAUGAGCUUGCCCAGAGUGAGGCCUUCUGGGCAAAUCAUGGCCAGUGGGUGAACUACUUCCUCCACAUGGGUCACUUGUCAAUACAAGGCUCUAAAAUGUCGAAGUCGUUGAAGAACUUUACCACCAUCCGAGAAGCUCUCCACGUGCGGAAAGACUGGACUGCCAGGAGUCUGCGAAUUGUUUUCUUGCUCGGCAACUGGAAAGAUGGCAUAGAGAUCACCGACGAUAUGGUCACUCAAGGCAGGAAUUGGGAAGAUCGGGUCGACAACUUCUUUCUCAACGCCGUUGAGGCAAUAAAGGAGUUGAAAGCAACGUCCGAUCAGAAAGCAACUUUGCAGGCUGCACUUCAGGAGGCUGAAGAGCGGGUUCGCAUUGCAUUACUAGAUUCAUUCAACACGCCCAUCGCUAUGGAAGCAAUAUCACAAUUAAUCAGCAUAUACAACAGCACCAAAAAAUCCGAUCUCACACCACGAGAUCAUCACGAUGUCGCAAUAUUCAUCACUCGUUUGGUCAACAUUUUUGGCCUGAACGGCUCCGAGCCUGCAGACACGGAACAAGUUGGCUGGAAAGGCAUCGAGAUCCCUGACGCCGCCAAAGAAUUCGUCUACCCGCUGGCGAGGAUACGAGACGAACUCCGACAGGCCGCCAUUGCCAAGUCCAUUACCGUCGAGAAAGUACAAGAGAUCGUGUCCACAUCGCCUUCGGGGCUAGACGAAGCGCCUACGGUAGGUAGACCUCGGCCGUCAUAUGCACGUGCGUUAAGCGAGUUCAACCGAGACGCCCUGCAAACAGCCUCUUCAGCACCCAGCACUGAAUCCUCCUCCGAUCUGAACAAGCAGAUCCUCGCCCUCUGCGACCGCGUGCGAGACGUCGACCUCUGGCAACUAGACAUCUACCUCGAAGACCGGGAGAACGCUCCUGCGCUCGUGCGCCCCGUCACCGAAGGUCUCAGGGCCGUGCGGCGCGAGCGCGAAGAUAAAGCCCGUGUGAAAGAAGAGGCUAAACGGCAACGCGAGCGUGAAGCUCAGGAACGACUGCAAAAGGGUAGACUGAGCCCGACUGAGAUGUUCAAACCACCGCAUUCGAGCGAGUAUUCUGCUUGGGACGGCGAUGGCCUGCCCACAACGGGAAGGGAUGGUCAGCCGCUCACAGCGAGUCGGGUGAAAAAGUUGAGAAAGGAAUGGGAGCAGCAGAGGAAGGCGCAUGAGAAGUAUCUCGCUGCUGUGAGAGGGAGUAGUGUGACACCCGGAUCAAACCGCGAUGAGAGCGGAUCUGCGCCAGCUCCUCAACAGCCAGGAGAUAGGAUUACUGUUGCGGGCGCUGAGGUUGAUGCUCGCUAG